UGCCUUCUUUUGCAAGUAGGAUCGGUCUUCCAUUCAUUCUCUUUCUUCUCCGUUCUUAUAGUUUGCAGGUUUCCUGAGCGCCAGGAAACCUUCCUUUGAUUUGGGGGACCGCAUAAAACAUAGUUGCUAAUCUGCGAGGAUUCGUUCUAGGAAUCGGGGGGAAUGAGGCUAAAUGUGUUUCUGCUGAUCUUGCUUCUUCAUGGGGCCGCAGCUGUGAAGCCUCCUGCAAAGUGGCAGACCUUGAGCGGUGAGGCUCCUGUGGUUGUAGCGCGAGGUGGCUUUUCUGGGAUCUUCCCCGAGUCUAGCCAAUAUGCAUACCAGAUUGCAGAGUCUACAAGUUUGAAAAAUGUGGUUCUACUUUGUGAUCUUCAAUUAACAAAAGAUGGAGGUGGUAUCUGCCAGUCAGAUUUGAGACUUGAUAAUUCGACAACUAUUUCAUCUGUCUUCCCUAAAGGGCAGAAAACUUAUUCUGUAAACGGACAGCCUCUUACUGGAUGGUUUUCAGUUGAUUUCACUUCAGACCAAAUAUACAACAAUGUCUCAUUGAUUCAAAAUAUUUUUACUCGACCAAGUGUCUUUGAUGGGAGUUUACCAAUAUCCAUGGUGGAAGAUGUCACUGGGCUUCACCCUUAUCAGUUUUGGAUAAAUGUGCAGUACAGCAUCUUUUUUAAAGAACACAAACAGGAUGUAGCAACCUACAUUACAACAGCAUCAGAACAGAUGGUUAUUGACUAUAUCUCUUCUCCAGAAAUAGCAUUCCUGAAGAGUCUGAGUGGGAAGCUUAGAAGUGGCAAGACAAAGCUCAUAUUCCGAUUCUUAGAAGUGGAUGAUGUGGAACCUUCCGCUAAACAAACAUAUAAAGCUCUCCUAAAUGAUCUUUCCACUAUCAAGUCAUUUGCUUCUGGGAUUCUUGUUCCCAAAAGCUACAUCUGGCCCGUUAACAAAGAUCAAUAUCUAGAGCCCCAUACUUCUUUGGUCACAGAUGCUCACAACCUGGGCCUAGAAGUUUAUGCAUCCAAUUUUGCAAAUGACAUGCCUGCAAGUUACAACUAUAGCUUUGAUCCGACUGCAGAGUACCUGCAGUUUAUUGACAACUCAAAUUUCUCUGUUGAUGGUGUGCUUACGGAUUUUCCUUCGACAGCAUCAGAAGCUGUGGCUUGUUUGGCACACAACAAGAACAACACGCUGCCCACUGAAGGAAGACCGCUAAUUAUAACACACAAUGGUGCCAGUGGGGUCUUUGCGGGGUGCACUGAUCUUGCCUAUCAACAAGCAGCAGAAGAUGGUGCUGACAUACUUGACUGUUCAGUGCAGAUGUCAAAGGAUGGAGUAGUCUUCUGUUUGGAUUCAGCUGAUCUUAUGGGUCACACAACAGCAAUAAAAACGUUUAUGCCCCGAGCAACAGUAGUGCCUGAGAUACAAAAAGAAAAUGGAAUCUUUUCAUUUGACCUCACAUGGAGUGAGAUUCAGAGCUUGAAGCCGGAGUUGACAACCCCAUUGUCUCAGUCUGGCUUGGCAAGAAAUCCAGCAGCCAAAAAUCAGGGCAAGUUCAUGACACUGACUGACUUCUUGGAGUUUGCAAAAAAGAGCACAGUCGCUGGAGUUUUGAUCAACAUAGAGAAUGCUGGUUACCUCGCUUCAAAGAAAGGUCUUGGGAUCGUAGAAGCAGUCUCCACCGCAUUGACAAAUGCCAGUUACGACAAACUACCAAAAAAGCAAGUGUUAAUCCAGUCUGAUGAUACGGCAGUCCUCUCUGCAUUCAAGAAAAAUUCUGGCUACAAACGAGUACUCUAUGUUAAGGAGACAAUAAGUGAUGCUCCAAAGCCAACCGUUGAUGAGAUCAAACACUCUGCAGAUGCAGUUAACCUUCCUAGAUCAUCUAUUGUUGCUGACUCAGGCUUCUUCGUCUCUGCCUUCACUGGCGUGGUUGAUAAGAUGCAUGCAGCAAACAUAUCUGUUUAUGUUUCGGUCCUGAGGAACGAGUUCUUGGCAAUAGCAUUUGAUUACUUCUCGGACCCCAUGGUUGAGCUCGCUACCUAUGUUGCAGGUGUUCAAGUUGAUGGUGUUGUGACCGAGUUUCCAGCAACUCUGGCCGCAUACUUGAGGAGCCCAUGCUCUAACAUGAAUGCCAAAUUGCCCUACUCCAUCUUACCGGUUGAGCCUGGUAGUCUCCUCUCACUGGUUUCGCCUGAAGCAUUGCCUCCAGCCGAAGCCCCUGCGCCUGUUCUUGCGGUCGCCGACAUCCAAGAUCCACCACUGCCGCCGGUUGCAGAUCUUUCUGACAAGGCAUCAGUCACCGCUGCACCCCAGACUUCGCCACCACGGAGUGGACAGUCAGCGAUCUCCGUGAACGCAGCUCUUUCUCUUUUGAUAGUGAUGCUCAGCUUCGUUCAGCUGAGGUUUCUCUGAUAUGGUGCCUUCAUCUGAUUCAACUUGUGAAUGUUGGCUGUGUGUUCUCGAAUCGAUUGGAUUACUAAUAAGAACAGCAUUUAUUCUCCUGUUUUCUGUGACAUGAAGAUGUUAUCAAUGGUGAUUGAGAUCUCA